CACACUCUCAACACAUUUGGGACAAUUUACAGAGGGCCAAUUAAUCUACAAACCCGCACGUCUUUGGAAUGUGCGAGGAAACCGAGCACCCGGGGAAAAUCCACGCGGUCACAGGGAGAACGAGCAAACUCCGCACACAGACAGCACCCAAGGUCGGUAUCGAACCAGGAUCUCUGGUGCUGUGAGGCAGCGGCUCUACCAACUGCACCACCAUUUGGAUGGAGCAGAUAUCUUAAAACUAACCUAUCAUUCUGUCUUAAUAUUUAGAUGUGUUGAUGGCCGACUCUACAGUAAUCAAUGAGAGUGCAACAUGGACCAAUACCUCCCACAACAACACUUGCCUAUUACCCUAUACAGUUUAUCCAUCAUUUAUGCAUAUUGCAUACUCCAUCAUUUGUAUAGCUGGAGCCAUUCUCAACUGCCUGGCUUUCUCCGUAUACUUCUGUCACAUUCCCAGCAGCAAUAGCGUCAUCGUUUAUUUGAAAAACCUGGUGGUGGCCGAUUUAUUGCUCGUUCUGUCUCUGCCGAUAAGGAUCAUAGACGUGAACAACACCUUCCCUGUCGCAUUCAGGAAAUUCUACUGUGGUUACAUAGCUCCAAUCUUCUAUUUGAAUAUGUACUCCAGCAUUCUCUUCCUCGGGUACAUAGCUGGCUACAGAUACCUCAAGAUUGUGAAACCACUCAAUACGUACUCUAUCCAAAGACUCCGAUCAGCCAAAAUUCUCUCUGUAGGAACCUGGUGCACACUCUUUGCCCUUGGAUUGUCUUAUGUAUUCCUGAAGGGGGAAAAGAAGCUAAAGACCAAUUUGAAAACAGCUUGCCGGGAAUUUAGAGGUGGUUUUGGAGUAUACUGGCAUCUAACCCUUCACACUAGUUGCACAAUCUUGUUUCUCCUUGUGUUAAUAGCUCUCUGCUUCUUCUAUUUUCAAACCAUGAAGCGACUGGAGAAGUCCCCGUCUUCGAGUUCAAGCAAGAAGAAAGUCAAGGCAAAAAACAACAUUCUAGUUCUGCUUGUCGUGUUCUUAAUUUGCUUUGUCCCCUAUCACAUAGUCAGGAUUCCUUACAUGUUGAGUCAGAUAAAUGUAAUUUCCAAUUGUUACUGGAGGAUGAUGCUGCUCAAGUUGAUAGACCCCACAAUUGUUCUGGCAACGCUUAAUUCGUGCUUGGAUCCGGUGAUCUACUUCUUAUCCUGCAAGGCAUUUAGGUCAAAGUUGGGCCUAGAUAAAAAUGAAAGUGACAGCGAUCCACCCGAAGACCGAUCUUCACGUGCAAACGUGUCGCAAACUGUGCUGGACUCCCCUGCCCACAGCCACGUCAACAACGCAAAUGACUGCAGUAUUAACCUUGAAAAGCUAAACUAGGUUUCCAUCCUGUGUAGGAAGGAACUGCAGAUUCUAGCUUACACCGAAGAUAGACACAAAAUGCUGGAGUAACUCAGCUGGUCAGGCAGCAUCCCUGGAGAAAAGGAAUAGGUGACAUUUCGGCUCGAGACCCUCCCACAGACUGAGUCGGGGGAGAGGGAAACUAGAGGUAAGGACCUGUCUAUCUAGGUUUCUAUCUCAAUCAUUCCACUUAACCGUAAAUGACCAAAAUCCCCUUGAAGUUCCUUGGCAACAAUAAACAGAACAAUGCUCCUCUAGAUUUCCUUCCACGUUCCUGGAAUGGACCAACACAUGUCAGGAACAUUGAGCAAUUUUGAGAUGCUGCUGGUGUUCUUCAUCUGACUGAACGGUAAUCAUAUAACACACAAGGUCUCACAAAACUGAAAUCAAAUUGGCUAACAUUGAGAUGUUAUCUUGGAACAUGUCCACAGCCAAGUAUACAGGAAGUUGGGAUGACUGUUAUGACUGCAACCUCCAGUAGCAACAAUCUUCACCAAGACUCCUAUGUACCCAAGUCUUAUUUCAUCACAUAAGCUCUCCUCUAUCAAACAUUUGACCUCAGCUUCGUACGAAUAUGGAUGCUUACAGCUCUCAUUAGACGCAAAGGAAACUGCUUUACAUAGUAUGUAUCAAUAAUUUGUGCUCCUUUUUGUUAACAGGCCGCUUAGAGCCAAUAAUAAAAUUUGUAAUCAAUUGUUCAAAACUUCAGGUAUAAAUUAUUAAUCUAGCAAACACCUUAAUAUCUAUACACAACACAAAUACAACCAUAUCUCACUUUACGCGGAGGUUAUGUUUGGGAAAAGCAGCACGCACCUCAAAAACACAUAAAUCAAACAUUUUUACCAUAAGAAUGGUAGGGUGGCACAGUGGUGCAGCGGUAGAGAUGCUGCCUCACAGUGCCAGAGACCCAGGUUCAAUCCUGACUACGAGUGCCAUCUGUACAGAAUUUUUAUGUUCUCUCUGUGACCGCGUGGGUUUUCUCUGUGAGCUACGGUUUCAUCCCACAUUCCAAAAACGUACAGGCUUGAGGGUGAAUUGCCUUCUGUAAAUUGUACAUUUUUCGUAGUAUAGGAUAGUGCUAGUGUGCGGGGUGAUCACUGGACGGCAUGGAUUCGGUGGGCCAAAGGGCCUGUUUCCGUGCUGCAUCUCUAAAGACUAAUGUAUGUAAAUGGUACAGGUGAGAGGAUUUAAAAACAAUAUCAGAGAUAUGCCUUCAUCAUACGACAAAUAAUGCAUUAAUGACUGCCAUUAUUUCUU